AUUCUGUUCACGAACAGCAGUCAGAGCAGUCAGCAACUUUUGUGUGAAGUUUUUGUUGUGGUUGAGCUCAUCUCCAAUUCAUAAGCAAGAUGACGCUAAAUUCAGGUGGCCGGAGACUGAAGCAGUGGCUUGUUGAGCAAAUCAACAGUAAUCAGUACUCCGGAUUACAAUGGGAGGAUGACCCCCACCGGACAAUGUUCCGAAUCCCUUGGAAACAUGCUGGCAAACAGGAUUAUAAUCAAGAGGUGGACGCUUCCAUCUUUAAAGCAUGGGCUGUUUUCAAGGGUAAGUUUAAGGAAGGGGACAAAGCUGAACCCGCCACUUGGAAGACCAGGCUUCGCUGCGCAUUGAACAAAAGUCCAGAUUUCGAAGAAGUGACUGAUCGCUCUCAGCUUGACAUCUCCGAGCCUUACAAAGUCUACAGGAUUGUCCCAGAAGAAGAGCAGAAAACAGGUAAAGGCGCAGCAUCGAGUAUGAGCAUGAACAGCCAGAGUGAUGUUGACAUGGAUUGCAGUCCAGCAGAGUUAGAGGAGCUCAUCAAAGAUGUCAGUCAGUCAUCUGGUGAUGAAUACACAAGUCACUCUCCCCAAGAUGACACAUGCAACAUGCAACCAACACAAGAGUUUUGGCAUCACGACUCUCACAAUGUGGUUCCGGUACACCCUGAUCCUUCACCACUUGGCUCUUUCAACUAUGCCUUCUCCCAGAUGCUCAUCUCCUUCUACUACGCGGGCACCUCCAUGGGCAGCAUAGUGACCACCUACCCCGAGGGCUGCCGCAUCUCCCCGGCCAGCAGCCUCAUCUACAGCAGCAGCAUGGCCGACAGCCUCCAGCACGUGCGCUUCCCGGCCAUCGAGCAAAUCGAGAACGAGCGGCAGCGGCAGGUGACGAGGAAGCUCUUCCAGCACCUGGAGCGCGGCGUGCUGCUGCGCGCCAACCGGGAGGGCAUCUUCAUCAAGCGCCUGUGCCAGAGCCGGGUCUUCUGGAGCGGCCUGGGAGCCCACUACAGCCCCGGGCCCUGCAAAGUGGAGAGGGACGCCGUGGUCAAGAUCUUCGACACCAGCCGUUUCUUUCAAGCCCUCCAGCUCUAUCAGGAGGGACAGUACCCGGCCCCAGACCCCACAGUCACCCUGUGCUUCGGAGAGGAGUUUCAUGACAUCAGCACGGCCAAGAGCAAACUAAUCAUCGUCCAGAUCACAGCAGUGAAUUGCCAGCAACUUCUGGAUGCAGUGAUGAAUGACAUGUGCACCUACAGCGUUCCCCAGCACCCUGCCUGUUUCCGAGACAACCUGGCUAUCACAGCUUAAACCUUCAACACUGACAACCAGCUUUCAAAUGGCCAUAUUGUUUUAUGGCUCAUACAGGGAUUUCUUUGUAACAAGCAUUAAUAAUAUGCUGUGUGGUGGAUAGUGGAUGCCUGAGAGAAUAUCUAAGGUGACUCUUCAUACCUGCUUCAAACACAUCCUUAAAGUUGAGGUAGAGAAUAGAGUUUGGAAAAACACAUCUUGUAUAAUGACAGGUGGUAAUGGAUCACAAUGUCAAAAUAACAAACUAUUCAAACUGGAUGUCAAGGGUGCUAUGUCAGUAAAUACAAAUGAGUAAAUAUUUUGCAAAACGCAAUAUAAACCAUUUCACUGCAAUUCUCAUAAAACAGUUUUUAAAUCUUUUUUUAAACAUCACCAGGCCAUUUGGAAUUGGGUUAGUUUAAUUUAUGUGUCCACACCAAAUCCAAGCAUCAAAGCACUGACACUGACUAAUGGCUAUAUUGUGUUUUGGGAAAUAGUUCUUCAAAUGAUACUGGGAUAUGGGAUACAGCUGGGGAUUUCAGCAUUUCUGAGUCUGUCUUAUCUAUUCUCAUCUACUGCAGCUUGAGUAAAAUAGUAGUAUAUUUUUGAUACCUUAAUUAGUUAAAAUGUUAACAAGCAUUUUGUUCAAUUGAAAUGGAUAGGUUUUACUAUCCUGUAUGCUUUAUGUCUUUGUUUUUUUACUAAAAUAAAAGGUUGCGUUUUGUUA